GCCUCUUUACAACGAGAACCCAUUUUUAGGGUUUAUCAGACGGCAUUCACACCGCCUUCUUUCAACUACCAGCCAUGCCGAAGCAUUACAGGCCUGCCGGGAAGAAGAAGGAAGGUAACGCCGCCAGAUACAUCACCAGGUCGCAAGCUGUCAAGUACCUUCAAGUCAGUCUCUCCGUUUUCAGGAGAUUAUGCAUCUUCAAAGGUGUUUUUCCUCGGGACCCAAAGAAGAAGGUGAAAGGAAACCAUCAUACAUAUUAUCAUAUGAAAGAUAUAUUGUUUCUUAAACAUGAGCCACUUCUUGAGAAGUUCCGCGAGAUGCGGGCAUAUGAGAAAAAGGUAAAGAAAGCAGUGUCUAAGAAGAACAAGGAUCUUGCUGAACGCCUGUUGACAAGGAAACCUACUUACACACUUGAUAUGCUUAUCCGGGAGAGAUAUCCAAAGUUCAUUGAUUCAUUAAGGGAUUUGGAUGACUGCCUCACCAUGGUGCACCUUUUUGCUGCAUUACCUGCCAUAGAGAGGGAAAAUAUUCAAGCAGAGCGAAUCCACAACUGUCGAGGGUUGAGCCUUGAGUGGCAGGCAUAUAUCUCUCGCACACAUAAAUUGCGUAAAGUUUUCAUAUCUGUGAAAGGCAUAUAUUACCAGGCAGAUGUUGAAGGGCAAAAAGUCACAUGGUUGACUCCUCAUGCACUGCAGCAAGUAAUGCCUCAAGAUGUAGAUUACAAGAUCAUGCUUACGUUCUUGGAAUUCUAUGAGACUCUCCUUGGCUUUGUCAAUCUUAGACUCUAUCAUUCGAUAAAUUUGAAAUAUCCACCUAUCCUUGAUCCUCGCCUGAAAGCUUUAGCAGCAGAUUUAUACGCUUUAACAAGGUAUGUUGAUGCUAAAGACCAGACGAAAGGAGCAAACAUUGAGGAAUCUGAGCUUAGACUAGCCCAACUUCAGCAUCAACUUCCUGCUAAUGAACCUGGUGCAUUGAUGAAUCUUGUUGAAAAUGCUGCAGAUGAGAAUGAUGAGGACGAAGAAACAAAGGCCUGUAAAACCCUCUUUAAAGAUAUGACCUUCUUCUUGAGUCGUGAGGUUCCGAGGGAGUCCUUGCUUUUUGUCAUUACUGCAUUUGGUGGCGUUGUCUCGUGGGAGGGGGAUGGAGCUCCAUUUGAGGAAUCUAACCAGAGCAUUAAUUAUCAGAUUGUUGAUAGGCCAACUCAAAGUCAUCGGUUUAUUUCCCGAGAUUAUGUACAGCCACAAUGGGUCUUCGACUGCAUAAAUGCAUGGAUCAUACUACCAACUGAGGAUUAUAUGGUUGGGAGGGUUCUGCCACCACAUUUGUCUCCGUUCGUUGACAAUGAAGCAGAAGGCUAUGUACCUGAGUAUGCAGAGACCAUUAAAAGGCUUCAAGCUGCUGCGAGAAAAGAAAUUCUUCCAAUGCCAGGUGCCGAACAAGAUGAUCUUGAGAAUGCCCAGAAUCUACUUGUUGAAGGGAUCAUUGACCGAACAAAAGCUAAAGAAGCUGCUGAGAGAAAACGAAAGAUGUCGAUUCUUCAGGAGCAGUAUCAUCAGGAACUAAAAAUGGAAGUGGAAGGGACACAAUACACAUCUCUUCCUACUACCGAGAUUAAGAAGAAAAUUGCUGAAGAUACAGAUGAUAACGCCCUGCAACAGUUUGCCGAGGAUGAUGACAACAUGUCCAAGGUGGCAAUGUCCCGCAAAAAGAGGAGAUUGUACGAAGCCAUGAAGAUUUCACAAGCAAGGAAGAAGGCAAGUGUUGAUACCCUGGAGACGAGGAAGAAAAAUAUUAAAAAGUCCAAGAAAACGACGUCGGAGUGAAGUUGGUUUCUCCAUCAGGUUCCGCUUAAAUUUUGUAGUUAUUGGUCUAAAGAUUUUAUGUUUCGAGUAGGAAUUGUGGUCUAUAACCGUGGAAUUAUUCUCAAAUUUUGUCUCGAGUCAUUUCUGUUAACACCUACUAUAUAUUUUCCCAUGCCUUUCUUUGUUCAUGGUUUGAUAUUCUGGUGUUCUAAACAUAGAUGAACCAAACACCAAUCCAUCCCGAA